AUGUCAAAGCCAACCCUUAUAGUCGCCCCGGGAGCCUGGUACCCACCAACAGCCUUGGACCCACUGAUUGCCAAACUGACUUCACACGGCUACAUCUGCAAAACAGUCGCAUUCCCUUCUGUUCAAAAAUCCGCGGAAGUCAAGGGUCUAAUCGCCGAUAUCAAUGCCGUACGCGGAUUGGUCGAGCCAGCUGUAAAUGCCGGCCAAGAUGUCAUCGUCAUCUCGCAUAGUUGGUCUGGUCUUCCCGAAGGCGGCGGGACGAAACUGAUCUUCAUCUCGGCCUUUUUACCGGAUAUAGGCCAUAUUUUGAUUGGUGCUUUUGGGGGUUAUAUCCAAUGGGUGGGUAAUGGCACCGUCAUGGCGGAUAAACAAUUCACUUUGUUCUUCCAUGAUGUACCGGAUAGCACUGAGUGGGUGACAAGGCUGCGUCCGCAUGCGUGGGCGACGAAGAACUCGCCGGCGACCGCAGAUGCUUAUGUGGAUAUCUCCCUGUUGCAUAUUUGUUGUGGAGCUAGGAUUGAGACGGAGAAAGUCAAAACUGCUCAUAUAACUUGGCUCGUUGUCCCUGAUCACAUUGCGGCUUCUGACAGAAACAAUGCAGGUAAGAAAAUAUAG